GAUCAAAGAAUAUACUCUAAAAAGCUAUAAAAGAAAAUAAAUCCCUCCUCAUGCUGUUGACUCUCUAGUCUCGAACCAUGUGAUCAAGCCCUCUUCAAGGUACAUGUGUCCCAGCCCCUUUACCGAAAGCAACUGAAGCCUGAUUGUUCUAUCUACAAACUUGGUGAUGAGACUCUGUUGAUCAAUUGCACAAGCGCCAAUGCUAAUAUUACUAGAUAGACUACAACGGCUACAGUUUAUAGCCAACCGAAAGAAUCAUGAAAGUCAAAGGUGAGAUUAGAUAUUGAAUUGAGGGGAAAAUAAAACUACAUAGGGUAUAAAUAUUAAAUACCAUAGUAAUGAACAUUAAAUAUAUCGGUGGAAUUCACAUGAAGCUCACCAUUUUUACCUAUAUACGUUCCUCACCCCUCUACUCUCCAAUAGCUCUAAUAGACCCCCCAAAAACACCCCAAAAAAACCAAUGGAAGCCUUGUGGAAGUUAGAGGAUAAACUGAAGCUAACAACGAAAGACGCGGUCGUGAUCUUGGUCGGAACAGCGGCUGCAGUAACGCUCCUCUGCACAGCCGUAGCGUUUCUCAACCGAGGUUCUCGAGGAUUAAAGCAAGUAGCAGACGCGGAGUGGGCAUCUGAAACAUCGUCUGUUUGGUCAAGAACAAUAAUGGAAGAAACAAGGACCCGUAAAUGGAGCAAAGUGAAGAGAAGGCUGAUGGGUUCGUUUUGUUGGAGCUCUGCAGCUAAGUGGAUGGAGAUGGAAACGAGACCUAAGCCACGGACAUUGCUUGCGGUAAAAGAAAGGAGCCUUAAUGCGGUUGAUCCGGUUUGGCAGCGACCGAUUCUGAUGGGUGAGAAAUGUGAACUCCCUCGGUUUAGUGGUUUAAUAUUGUAUGAUCAACGUGGUGAUCCGGUUCAGCAUUCUCCAUCUCAGGAAGAAGUGAAACAGAGUUCUCUGGUAAGAACAACUUUGAGAGAUUUGCUUUCGUAAUUGUCUUCUCGAAGUUCCGUGCGUAACAAGUUUUAAUACCGCCAGGAAAGGUAAGACUCGGAGAACUCCAAAACAAAACAUGUUUAUGUAAACCAAUGUCUUAUAUAUGUGAUGUAGAAACGAAUCUUCUUCCUCUC